AGUCAUGGCAGAUUGGAGGCGGAUUGAGAGUGGGAGCUGUCUCCACAACAUGCGCACUUCUUUCCAUUCCUCCCUCAGCUUGUGUCUCUCUCUACGUUACCGUGCGUAACAGCAGCUCCCUUCUGCAGCAGGCUACUGUGCAACAAGUUUGCAGGAGCCCCACGCGUCUCCCCGUAGCUGUCACCAUAAAGUACGUGAACGCAUCGUUGCAGGCUUUCGCUCUCUUCUCCCCCUCCUCUCCCUCAGGCGCACGCAGACACACUCGCAGCAGGAGCGGCGUGCCAUCUCUUUCGUGUCUCCGCACCAGAUGCGGUUUACUCCCGGCUGCGCGUGCAGUUGAAUGCGGGGGACCGAGGAAGCAAGAGGAUCGUCUAGUGCAUGGGAAUAAAUUUAAAGAGGGCAAAGAAAAUGGAGAAAGAAGUGAAGCGACACUAUCGCGCGACAGCGCUGAACAUCAUCUCGUCUUUAUGCUCCGUGGCGUCCAUCGCGUUCUGCGUCCAUCUGAGCAUCAGCGCGGCGGACAUCAGGAGCCGAGUUGUGGGUUUGGAGAGCGGGACGACGGAGCGCACCUUCCUCCAGGUCCGCGGAUACUCCAUGGAGGAUUUCAAUUCUCUGGUGCAGCAGCGAGUGGACGAGCUGCUCUCGCAGCGCUCUUAUGAGAAUUUCGCCAAGAUCAGGACUGCCAGACAAGUCGCAGCUGACUGCAACUGUCCCCCAGGACCUCCUGGUAAGAGAGGAAGGAGAGGCCGCGAUGGAGAACCUGGACCUCCUGGUCCUCCAGGUCCACAGGGUGAAAAAGGAGAUCAAGGUGACCAGGGACCACGGAUGGUCUUCCCAAAGAUCAAUCAUGGCUUUCUUUCCGCUGACCAGCAGCUCAUAAAGCGUCGGCUCAUUAAGGGAGAUCAAGGCCAGGCAGGACCACCCGGGCCGCCGGGCCCACCUGGCCCUCCUGGGCCACGGGGCCCUCCGGGGGACACUGGAAAGGAUGGACCCAGAGGUUUGCCAGGUCUACCAGGUGAUCCAGGUCAUCCAGGAGAAACGGGCCUCAUGGGACUUGAGGGGCCUCAAGGCCCAAAGGGUUCACUCGGGCCUCCUGGUAUCCCAGGAAUUGAUGGACGGAAGGGAGAUGUUGGAAUCCCAGGACGGGACGGAAUCCCAGGGGCCAAGGGUGAAAAGGGAGAACAGGGUGAAAAGGGCGACAUGGGUGAAGACGGACCCAAAGGUGACACGGGCGAGAAGGGUGAUGCAGGCUCCUCUGCAGCAGGCAUCAAGGGGGAACCGGGAGAGCCUGGGCGGAGUGGGCAGAAGUGUCAAUGCCCAUACCUAGACGUACUCAAUAAGAGGGGAAGCUUUUAUUCCAAGAUAUUUCAUUUAAAGGGAGAGCCAGGACUUCCAGGGCUGCCUGGACUCCCAGGGAUAAAGGGGGAGCCGGGAUUUCUUGGUCCGCAGGGAGAACCGGGGCUUCCAGGACUCCCAGGAACUAAAGGCGAGAAAGGUGACCAUGGACCAGCAGGGAAGGGUGAACGGGGAGAAAUCGGACCUGCCGGACCAAAGGGUUCACAAGGGGAGUCUGGCAUGCCUGGGCCUAAAGGGUCAAAGGGGGACACUGGAGAUAAAGGAGAUUUGGGAUCUGUUGGCCCGAGGGGUCCCCCGGGGCAGAAAGGAGACCGAGGAGCCACUGAAAUCAUCGACUACAAUGGAAACAUCGAAGAGGCCCUGCAGAGGAUUACCACUAUUACAGUCACGGGUCCACCUGGGCCGCCUGGACCAAUGGGACCGCCGGGCUUUAAGGGUGAUCGCGGUUUGCCUGGACUUCCUGGAUUCGACGGGGAAAGAGGGUAUAAAGGUUCCAAAGGAGACAUGGGAAUGCCCGGCGCGUCAGGGGAGAAAGGAAGCACUGGUUUACCUGGCUUACCUGGCGUGAAUGGAGCUAAGGGAGAUAAAGGAGACCCAGGACUUCCAGGUCCACAAGGUCCAUCGAUAACUGGUCCUCCAGGGCCACCAGGACCCCACGGGCCUCCAGGACCUAUGGGACCCCAUGGCUUCCCUGGCCCUAAGGGAGAACCCGGGUUGCAUGGACUGAAGGGCAUGAGAGGCGAACCAGGACACAAAGGAGACCGCGGACCGCUGGGUCUCCCUGGAGCCUCCGGCUUGGACGGCAAGCCCGGAAUUAGGGGCACUGACGGACCUCCGGGUCCAGCUGGUCUCGCGGGGCCGAAGGGUGACAUUGGUGAGAAAGGUGCUCCGGGUGAGCCAGGACCACGAGGGCCUUACGGACUACCAGGAGCAGCUGGAACACCAGGUUUGGAUGGGUUACCUGGAUUAAAAGGAGAUAAAGGCGACGAUGGGGAGAGAGGAGAAAAGGGGGAGAAGGGAAAGAAGGGCAAAAAAGGGCCUAAGGGCGAGAAAGGAGAACAGGGUGCCCCAGGAUUAGAUGCACCCUGCCCAUUGGGUCCGGAUGGAUUACCAAUGCCUGGUUGCUGGCAGAAGUGAUCACUCUAACCUGAAACGCAUGGAGUUUGUAAAUAAUGCUUCUUUUAUGGUAUUUAUAGUUUUUUAAUGGAAAAAGAGUCAAAAAGGAAAAGAAGUCUAUGUGUGCAACAAUACAACAAAAGAGAUAACCGUCUGUGUAAGCUGCUUCUACUCACAUCGCUGCGUGGAAACAAACAAACAAAAAAAAAAAAAAAACAACACACGCGUGUGUCUCGCCGUCUCACAUCUGCUUCGUGAUGGAGCUGAGAUCCUCGGCUGCCGGCUGCAGAACUCGUGUCUUUAGGUUUUUUGCAUGGCUCCGACUGGAGCAUGGCAGCCCCCCCCCCCCCAACCCCCCACUUCCCCCCGCCAGAUCCUGAGGGUCGGAAGGAGCGAGACGAGAAGAAGCGGAGUUGGCGAAGUGGGAGAAACGGGAUCUGGACUGGCUUCUUAACACAAAACGCUAAGUGUCGUGUGCUGUUUCGUCUCCACGAGCUCACCAACUAUCCAUGCGGCACCGUUUGCUCAAAGACUAAAAAAAACAACAACAACAACAUAAAAAAACAGGAGAAAAACUGCACUGAGCUGACUGAACAUUGCUUCCCCCCCUCCCCCAUCAUCCCUUGAAAAAGCAUGAGUAGUGUGCUGUAUUUAAAUGUAAUGUACAUACAUGUCACUGUUAUGUGAUUGCUUCCUAAGUUCUGUGUGGAGGAAAAACAACAAAAAACAAAAACCGGAAGGCCCAAAAGCUCUAAAAUGAUAACUUCUUCUUUCCUCUAAUCCUCUUAAGGGAGUCACACCCUGGCUCAUAGCCUGAAAACCCUCCUUCUCCCUCCUGAAAGUAAAGGUGUCGAUAACUGUUGCUUUAUUUGUGGCGAGGCCGGCCGGGGCAGACCGCUCUCAGCAGGCUUUCUGCCGUUUGCACUCAUCAUGGGGGCCCCCCCACCCCGGCGUCGUCAGUGCAGCGGCUCCUCAGGGCGCCAACAUCUCUGGACAAGAUCGGAGAGCUCUGCAGGGGGGGGGGGGGGGGUCUCUGCACUGGCAGGAACACCGAUCAGUCUCAAAGCGGUUUGGAUUGGAACGUGGACGGCCGUGCUCGGUGAGCGCGGGAGAGGAAGCGGGUUCUGCGGGAGAGUCACUCGUCAUUCAACCCUGCGAGAUCAAUUGGGGAAUGCUUCAAGCUCUUCUGGGAACGUUGAUAGUAUGCGGUUGUGAUGUUUUUUUUCUUUAUUCAUGUUUUUAUUGUUUUACUCAUUUUUUUGUUUUUUGUUUUUUUUACACGUCAUUUGUAUUUUGUGUACAAUAGCCCUUGGUGCCUCAAGCUUUUAUUCAUUCCUUUAUCGAGAGUUUAUACCUUAUUUUAAACCAUCUGAGUGGCGUUUGUUUCAAAAAUUAGGAAGGGGACGUUUUUUGUUUGGGUGAAGGACUGAAAAGACAUUGCGCACUGCUUUAUUUCUUCUUUCUCUUUUUUUUUUUCUUCGAUUUGUUUCGUCUUCGCCAAAAAAAAUAGCUCCACCUAAUUUUGCGUUGCGACGGCGUCGACUUCGACCGCGCGGUCACUAAAGCUGCGCCGUGCGUGCGUUCAAAGAUUGCGGCCACGAAUGGAAGUAGCUGAAAGUCUCACUUUUCUACGGUUUGUGUUUUUACGGAAAAUAAACUGGAGAAAAUGUUGUAGCGUUAACGUUUUAACAUUACAGCUGUGCAAACGUUAUUCCAGGGACAACUUCUAUCACACAACUCAAAACUCGUAGGUUCACUUCUGGUUUCGACGAAAUGCGCUCGCAAAUGUGCCGAACUUGUUGUAAAGGGAUCUCAUGUGUACAGUAUUGUCAGGUUUGCUGCAUGAACACCGCUUAGAAAAUGUAGAUUUGAGAAAAAAAAUAAUAAAAAAUACGUGCGUCCAAAAGCUGUUUUAAAUAAAAUGUAACUAAUCCCACAGUUUUUUUAGAUCUAAAAUUAAAAAAGGUAAACCUAACGGUCUAAAUCAAGCUUCUUUCCUAUACAUCUUGUAUAUUGUCUUAAUUAUAUAGUGCAAACUUCUAUUAAACGACAGAACAUUAAAUCAUCUUCCAUCAACACCAGUCUGGCCAGUUCUAUCACAUUCCUCAUCGCAUGGAGCAAAAACAAUCAUAAAUCUAGACUGAUAUUUAUGUUUUCAUUCAAGUCCAUUCGCCUUAUCAUAUUUCCAGCAUUAACAUCGGAUAUUUUCACAUUGUAGGUGCUAUGCAAGGUAAUACUGUACUUUUUUCUUCUUCAUACAGAGUGCUCUGCAAAAGCACUGAAAGCCCUAUGUCGCAUUUCGAGAUUAGACAGCCUAAAACUUCAAUAGGUUUUAUUGGGAUUUGUUGUGGUUCUCUAGCACAAAGCGGUGUAUAAUUGUGAAGUGAAGGGAAAAUGUUUUUUUUUUUUUUUUUUUUUUUUAGAUAAGUCUUAAAAGUAUGUCAUGCACAUGUAUUCGCCUAAUUGAAUACUUUGUUGAGCAACCUGUUUCUGUGGUUUAGUUUCAGACCUAGACACGUCUACUAGAGCCAGGAAUUUUUUUUGCCAAUUCUUCGUUUCAAAACUGCUCAAACUCAGUCAGAUUGGACGAAGAGCAUCUGUGAGCAACCUACCAAAAAUUUUCAAUUAGAUUUAAGUCCAUCCCUUUGAUGGACUAGUGACCUAUCCAAGGUGUAUCUCGCUUCUCAGCCAAUGACCGUCCUGUGACCCUGCACAGAUAAGCAGGUAUAGAUAAUAAAGGGAUAUUCUUACUCAUGAAUAUGCUUUGCCCUAACCCAUUUCAUUGUGGGAUUUUAAGGUCAUUUUUGCCAGGCUUACUUCCUGCAUUAUCCUGUAUUUUAGCUGCAGCCACUUUGCCAUUUGUUGAGAAUGAAUCUCAACAAAUGGCAAAUGGAAUCUCCUGAACUUUAACUCUAACACGCCUGGUGUAUUCUUUGGUGUUCGUUGUUUCAGUUUGGUUGCUCAUGUACUCCAACAAACCUCUGAGACCUUUACAGAACAGCUGCUCUCAUACUGAGAUUAAAUUACCAGCUGGCUUGUGAAGGCAUCUCGUUGCACUGGAUUUCAUUCAGGGGUGUCAGCAUAAAACGAGCUAAAUAAAUAGAUAUGCAUGGCAUACUUUUCCGUUUGUUUUAUCUGGAAAGACAAAUGCAGAAUACUGUGCAUCAUUUAUCCACCUAACAAUUGGGCAGUGCUUUGUGCUGAAUUAUCACGGGAAAUAUUCCCCCAAAUUAUUGAAGUUUUUUUUUUUUUGGCUGUCACGGGACAAGAUGUGAACGAGUUCAGGCGGUGUAAAACCUUUUGCAAGGCGCUGUACAAUCAGAUCUUCGUUAUUCACUGUAAGAACACGUGUGGUAACAACAGCUCGAUCUGAGGGGAUUUUAUAGUUUAAAUUGUUCAUCUCAUCGUGAUUAAAAAAAAAAGUGGAUGCACAUCUGUACAAACCAGUGUUAGUUUUUUUUUUUUUUUUAUCAUACCAGCAGCUCCAGCUAAUAAAAAAAGUAUAUGAUUUCUUUACAGCUGUUGGAGUUUUAUGUAUGUCUAAAUAGUUUUUUUUUUUUAAAAAACAUUUAUUUCUGUACUUUUUUCAGUAUUCUAAGUGGUGCAUUAUUUAUUUUUCUACAGUUUUCUUUUUGUAAAUGAAGGCAUUUUGUUGGGUUCUGAGCAGCAUUCCUUUUUAGUUUCUGAUGCCAGUUUUGUGUCGAUAUGAAGGAACUUUAAGCCCACGACGAGGCAUCAUAAAACACAUCUGCAAUUGUAACGUUGGUGGAAAUCAAGAGGGCAUUUGCAUGUUAGUGUGUACUUAACUGUGCAUUUAUUUCAAUUUAUAGGCCUUACAUGACCGGAGUACAUCUGCUUUGUCUAACUUUGGGUGUGAACUAUGACGACACGCCAUUUUAUGACAGCCUUGUCUCUCACUAUUUUUCUUUUUCUUUCUAUCUCUCUCUGUCUCUUUACAUUGAAUGUAGUUUGAUAUAUAUGUAUAGUGGAAUAUUAAUGUACUAUUGAGAUGUGUGCUCAUUUGAUAUAAAGUGCAAUUUAUACUUUGGUUCAUGCGUGUAGCAUCAAAUGCUGCUUAAAUAUCACACUACAGUGGUUUUCUUUAGCUUCAUUUGUUCAGCCGUGCGACCCUGUAUACCACUACCUGGAGACAUGGAGGAAUUAUGUAAACACAGACUUUUAAUUAAAUCUUAAUUUACAGGAUUUUUUUGGUUCAAUCUCCUUUUUUGUUAACCCGAUAUUUGUGUCGAUAUUUCAUACUUUUUUUUCCUCUUCAUUUUGUGUUUUGAUUACCAGCCUUUAUUACAGCAUUCGUUCUCAUAACUUGCUGUAAUUUUAGAAUGUGCAGCUAUUUUUGUAAUUCUAUUUUAUUAAGCUAUGUUUGUUUGAGUUUGGUGUUAAGGUUUCACAUCUAGUUUAUUAAGCUAGACAGCGGUGCCAAAAUCUUCUUUUUCAGCGUUUUUUUUAGAGCUGCACAAUCGGUAGGAUGCUACAAAUCAAUAAUAAGUACAAACCCUCUCCGGGUCAACGUUCAUUUAUGAGUUAAAGAAGCUCUAAAAGUGAUGUGGAUUUUCUCACAUUUCAACCUAAGUGAUCAAAAAGUUAUGUUUGGUUCGUCCCCAUUGUUUCUUGUUUGGAACUGAUUUAAUCCAAGAUUCUUUUCUUUCCCCAGGUCUUUUUUUUCUUAGCUUGACCCCUAAAGGCAAUCAAAAAGGGAAUACAUAAUAGGGGGUGUAUUACAUACUUAUUUCAUGUAUUUAGCACAUUUAGACUGUAUAUUUUAUUUAACUUUUGCUCUGGAAGAAACAAACUUUACAGCGCCUCCUGUGGCCAAUAGAGGAAUUACGAAACACUGAAAGAUUCUUUCGUGAAUAUAACCCAACUUUCAGGACUGAAUGAAAACAAAUGUUUCAGUCUUUAAAAUAAAAUCUAAAUUGCAUGAAUUAUAUGUUUUUAGAAAGUCAGAAGGCCUUAAACACAAGGGGGAAAGUAUAACUGAUCAGAAUUAAGACCCCUAAAUUGGUUUUCAUGGGCUUUUCAAGGUCAGCUGAAAGAUAAACAGAAAGUUAUACAUAUAAAACCAGAACUAUUUUUCCCCCUGCCAAUACAUCUUAGGUAUAUUGAGAAUAAUAAUUGCUAAUCUUUCAGGACUUCCAUGAAGGCCACAGUGAGGCGCAACCAUUAUUUUUUACUAACCCAAAUGUUCCAAGAGAGAAAGCAUAUACACGACGAUUAAUUACAUCCACAAUGUUGUUGCUGCUCCAUUAAUGUGAAAAGCACAGGACUUUUAUUGAAUCAACAAAAAUAAUUUAUUCACCCUGCAGCCAAAUUGAAAGAGAGAUCUUGCUGUGUAUCAAAAUUCUGGUUGAAUUACUAAUGUGAAGCAGUCUGAGCUAUUGGACAUGUUUAUUAUGUUAUGUUUUGUUUUAAGUUUCUGCUCACCCUUUUAUUUUAUUGCUGCAUACAAACUUUAUCUACAUUUCUUGAGAUCACAUUCUGUAUUUCAUGUUGGUAUUUCAUAUGACUGUGCUGUUGGAGGCAAAUAAACUGUCUUUUAAAUACACCAAA